AUGACUGACGACACUCAGGUUGACCAGGAGGCAGAUGAGCCUGCCUCGCCUCCGAACAAGAAGCAACGUCCCGAUGAGGUGUCCGCGACGGCCACGCGGACGAACAGUGAGCUUUCCCUGGCUGCGAAAUCAGGAUCCAACCUCGAUUUUUCCGCGCUGCAUCAGGACCUCAGCCCGGCAGGCUGCAGUGCCAAAGCUUUGGCAGAGGGCUCCGAGCUGGAGCCCUCGAGUGGGCCUGUGGUUCGACAGGAGUCGGUGACCUUUUCUGCCGAUGCGGUGCGCCGUGAGCUGGGAGAGCAGGGCACCCCCGUGCCCUCGCUCGUUCGGAAGCCGGCCAUUAUGUUUGAGGAGAUGAAGAAGGAAUCCCGGGAUGACUUGCCGGCCACACUCCCUGCCGAAGCAGAGGCACUGCCUCAGCUUCCGCCAGAGAAGAUGGCCAAGUACGACAGCUGGUGGAAGCAAUGGGGGAGAAGUGCAUCGCGGGACAGCGAUGUGAGCUCUGCCGCCGAGAGUAGUGAGGGGUCCGUGGAUGUUUUGCAAACGGUGACUCAGAUGCCUGAGGGACCCUUGAAAUCGGCUUUGCUGGAAGUCUUGAUGCAGAAAGAGCCAGCACAGGUGCAGUCGCCCGCGCAGGCACCACCGAGCGUGCCCCAACAGCCGGUGCAGGCACCACCGAGUGUGCCCCUGCAGCCCGUGCAGGCGCCUGCGAGUGUGCCCCCGCAGCCAGUGCAGGCGCCGCCGAGUGUGAGCGGAGGCGACGACAGGCUGCAAGCUUUCGCUAAAUGGAUGUACUCUGGCGGAAAUGGACGGGCCCACGCGGAUAGUGGCAACUACAAAAGCUGGGCCAAAGUGCUGGAGCACUUCCGCAACGACACGUCUGAAGCACUGCUCUUUGCUGCGAAGCGGCGUCAGCAAGACCGCGGCACAAGCGUUUGCAGGAACACCGGCGAGGAAACCUUUCUCCUCUUUGCAGAGGAGAGCAUAACCUGGACCACGAAGAAACUCGACCAGAUUACAGUGGAGGUGGGCGCAGAUUUGGAGGUAGCCACCCGCUUGGCGCAGAUGAUCGAGCAGCACCCGCACUUGUUCAAGAAACAGCCAGCUGCGGACGUGGGCAAACCACAUGAUGCCGUGGAGCCGACCCCCAACGAUGGUACGGAUGCUGCCGCGGAUGGAAGCGGCAAGAAGCCCAAGGGGAAGGCCAAAGCAAAGGCGAAAGCCAAAUCCAAGGCCGACAAGCAGAUCCACACGGAGCUGCCGAUCAUGGACCUCCCCGGCCUGGCUGCUUUCAAGGAGACCUGGACCAAAGCAGUAUCCGAUGCUCAAGGGCAUGCUACGACCAUGGUGUGCGAGCUGGAAAGCUUCGAAUCGCAGGAGAAGUUGUGCGAGCUCAUCAACCAGGCUAAGGAGGGGCUCUCCAAGGCGAGGAAGGAUAUGAUGGCCGUUGAUGUGUCGACCGAGAGCUGUCGCACGACGAUGGAUCACAUUCUUAUGGCUGCAAAGCCGUACGUGCAAGCCUACCUGAAGCACACGCGGAUCGGCGCUGCGAAGCGGGAGAACGAGAAGAAGAAGAAGGUUGAGAAGGAGGCGGCGCCGGCUGAUAAGGUUCCGCUCCAAUGCAAAAUUUCAUAUGUGGUGAUUCCUAUUGUGGAGAUCCAGCAAGUCAAACGAUUGGCUGGAGCUGCGGCUGCGAGAGCUGCCGGCCCACCCAAGGGCCGUGGCAAAGGCCGUGCACGUGGACGUGGGCGGUCUGGGUACAUGAACUUGUUGAAGAAGAAGGGCUUGGCCGAGAAGGUGAUUGUGUACAAGAAGUGGCCAAUUUUCCUGCCAUCGAACUUUGCAAAGGGCUUGGCAGCGGCGGGCGCCGAUGCAUGGAUGCAACACCCUGCCAACACCACUUUCAAUGCAUCUGCUCGCAAAUCCGCCAUACCAAUAUUGAUACAUGGCGACGAGGGACAAGGCAAGAAGGAUCGGAACGUGCUGAUUCUGAAUUGGCAUGUGCUGGGUGUGCAGACGAGCUCGGUCCUCUUCCGAAAGUUCCCGAUAGUGAUCCGUGGUUCCAAUCUGGCUUUUUCUUCUUCUGGGAAAUGCUUGACAAUGGAGGCUCUGCAAGCAGCGGUGGUGGAGUCUUUAAGCAUUGCUGCAAACCCUGCUACUGCUGGGAUUCGUGGCGAUGCCACGCUACAAUACUGUGCCGGCAAGGGAGAUUGGAAGUACAAGAAGGAUUGGCUGUGCGAGAAGAAGGACUACUCGCAUUCACAAUUCUGCAGACGUUGCAAUUGCGGACAAACCCCAGCUGGUGAACACUGGUUGGAUUUUUUGCAUCUCAGCUUUAACAAACCGGAGAUGGUUCAUGACAACCUUCAUGCGAAUGUGCCUGAGACACUCCCGCUCCGGAGCUUGGAUGCAUGGUCCAUGGACAUGGAGGCUGCAGACCUCCUCCACGUCUUGUGGUUGGGGGCCGCCCGUGAUUCCAUCGGUUCUGUCAUUAUGGAAAUCGUCACCUUCGACCCGCGCUUUCAGCAGUCUGAGACUUUUGAUGGUGCACUGGCACAAGUGCUGACUAUGGUGCACGAUUUUUGCGAAGCUCAUGGGAUCGACAAAUCCACAAUCGAUGAGCUCAGCUUGACGAAAUUGCAUGUGGACAGUGUGCAGUACGACUAUCCGCUGGGACUGUCAAAAGCAUUCGCCAACAAGGUCCUGUGCUCUUGGGUAGCUCACUUUUUGGCUGAUACGACUGUGCCACAGCUGCAGCGACCGGCUGUUAUGAUGUGGGCGCUGAUGCAGUUUAACUGGCUCUUGGAGCAAAGCGGCUUGUUCUUCGAUGAUGCUACUGCAAUGCGUGCCUACCAUCAUGGCAUCCUCUACUGCCAGCUUCACGUGCUCGCUGCUCUGGAUGCAUUGCAAGAAUGCCGCCCUCGGUGGAAG